AUGAACAUCCCCGUCACCACGACAACGCCACUUGGCCAGGCCAUGCACAUUCGCGCCUUUGGUCUGCGCUACACCUUUGACGUCACAAAUAGCACAUUAGCAACACAUAUACCCUUCCCGGUGUGCACUUCUCACCAACCCUGUUGGUUUGACGAUGGCACCGACAUCCGGCUGUAUUUCAACACCAAAAAGAACUUGACCGCUCACAUCGAAGACUACUACCAGCCGCUGGUAUCAACCGGCUCCACGACCGAGGACAACGUCAUGGCCAAAUACAUCGCCAUUCUGGCUCACCUUGAGAAGGUCACCUUCCCACUGUGCAAGAAUAUUAUCUUCUGGACCUGGGCUUUCGGCGAGUACACGGGGACAUCCUGA